CUCCUUCUCUCCAUCACCUUCCUGUUCUCGUUUCCCUCUAACUGCUUCCGGUUCCCUCACCAAGUGUGCAAUGCAAGUUCUUCAAGGGGCGUCUCACGUGUCGAUUCACAGUGCCACUUUUAACAACAUAGAUGGGGAUCAAAUAAUCAAUAAUUACACCACUGUUAUCAAAGACAAAAAAGAUCGUACGAUUUACGAGGAGUUCAAUUAUAUCAAGCUUGGAAAUAUACGCAGCAUCGAGGAUAUUUACCGCGAAGAUUGUGUGCAGUGGACACAACAUGACUGGGGGUUGGAAGGAGCCAGGCUUCACGCGGAGAGAAAGAUUUCCACUGCUAAGAUUGAAGGAAAGCGGGGAAAAUUUACGGUGGUCUCGUAUAGUGGUGAGAGGGCGACAGAGAUUUGGGAGGAAGAUUUCCGGAAGCACUCGCAAGCCCGGGACGCUCUGAAGAUGCAGCUGUUCGGAAUCAACCAAUCACACAUCCCCAUGUUGAUAUUCUUCGACGAGCUUGUUCCUCUCGGCAGCGGGAGGUGGGAACUGAUUCAUCCACUCGGGAAAGCUUACCUCAAUGCCCUUUCAAGGGGCUGGGGAUGCAGCGAACACAACCUGUGGAUCGAUCCAAAGCAUGGGAAAUUAAUCCGCGGAAUGGAAGGGCCCAAGUGUCCGGGAAAUUUGAUGAAUUUUCUUCCCUCAUUGACUAACGACGAAACCCCAUCAACCAUCAACUUUUUACAGGAAGAUGUUGUGUUUCGUUACCUUUCCCGGCUUCCGUUAGACAAGGAAUUCGACAAGAGAGUUUUAUCGGCACUCACAUGGAAACUUCCCAGUCCGGUGCUUAAUCUUACGGAAAUGAAGACCAAUCGGUCACUUAUCCUCCCAGCCUUAACAAACCGCCCAAUUGCAGUAGGACGUCUACUUUGGAGAAGCGCCCACAAUCGGAAAUGCCUUGAUUCCAGAGUAAUGAUGGCAGAUGGAAAGAUACGGUUCACCCUCGUCAAAGACUCAAAAUAUCUCUAUGUCCAAGUAGUAUCACGACCUUCGGAAGACGAGGCUGCCUGGCUGUCCCAAGCUUCAAGUGUCUUCCACAAACAUGGAAUUCCGUUGGGUGGGGACCUCUCCCAAUAUGAACUUAUUGUGCCGGAUAUUCAAAUGUCAGGUCAAGUCGAUGAGUCGGAAGCUUCGCGUCAGCUGCGCCAGAGUGUCUCUAAAAUCUACCUCUUCGUCCUCUCUUCUUCAUACGCCCAUUUCUGGUCUCACGAUGCAACUGGCCGCAAACGGAUUCGAACAAAGACAUGCGAAUACCUUGGUCUUCCGAUCAAAUUUGAUGUAGAAGUAUAUGCGUCCCGUAAACUUUCCUGGCCAUCUAAGAUGUACAAGGACAUCCAUAACUGGCAGGUCCAUCGAAAGUUUGACCCGACAACCGCCAAUUUUGCUUCUUACUUGGGAUAUUUCACCUACAAGGUUGUACGAGCGAAGGAGAGUCAAUUUGAGGAAUUGGAAAAUGACAGCGAGGAGGACUUCGCACUCGCUCAGCUCUUUCACCAUGAUCUUGACGCCGUUAUCUUGCGCCAUGCGCCCUCUGGCCCAGAGGUUUCCCAGAGGCAAUCUGUUGCCGGGAAGACACUCAAUCGGUCGAUAGCAACUGCAGGAAAGAGCCCGAUGACAACAAUACGCCGCACUACGUUACCUCAAUCCCAUCCGACGUCAUCUGGCCAUAUACCUCGCGCUCCGGUUUCUACUUCGCUCAAACGCCCGAAAGACUCUGGACUGGGACACGACCGUAAUCGGGAGGAGCCUUCGAAAACCGAACUUGAAAAAGGGAAAGGGAAACAAUCGAAUGCAAACUCUAGUACCGCAAAACUUCCGGCAAAGCCGCUCAAUGGGCAUAUGACAUUGAAGGCACCGAGCCGAGGAGCAGAACCUUCAGGUGGAACGCAGCGAGGGUCGAUAUGGCGGUAGUAAAUAGGUCGUAGAUCCAUCCUUUCCCCCCUCCUACUGAUCUCCUUCCUCCCACCCGAAAUCGGUUUCUUUGAGUUUCGUAGUACA